AUGCUUGAGAUUGAGCCACUGGAGCUGCAUUUCCCCUAUGAGCAUAAUAAGGCGAUAACUCGCACAAUUGAGCUGAUUAAUGAUACAGAUGAUUACUUUGCCUUCAGAAUUACAACCUCGAGCUCACUUCUGUACCGCACACAGCCAAGCAAAAAUAUUGUUCCACCACGAUCCAAGUGUAGUGUCAACAUAACACUGCAAGCACUGGAGAUGGCACCAGAGCAAUGCAAUUACGGCGCAUCCCAGUUCUACGUCGAGAGCACCAGAGUGGAUGAGAGCCUCAUAGCCGAAGAUAUAACUGAAGACAUGUUCGACGAAAAGCCUGGUAAAGUGGUUGAUAAGGUGGAUUUGAUCGUCGUCCUUGAGUGA